AUGCUUUCUUCCAAUGGUAGAAUCAGCUGGAAGGCUGCAAAGGCACACAUGCCCCAGACUAGGGCAUUGCGCAGCAACUUGACACGAUCUCGUUUGCUCCUCAUCCUAGGUUUAACUGGCAUUGUGAUGCUAUUAUACCGUGGUCUUCGAGGAGCACCUCCUGGACCACAGAACGUUCGAUGCUGGGGCCCGAAUAAGUCACCCAUGGAAAUGACGCCGAACGAACAUGCCCUAUGGAAUGCGCACAUGCAAACACCCGUCCUCUUCAACCACCACAAGCCUCUCAAAAUCGAUUCCUCCUCGAUCCAACAUAUCGAUCUGAACCCCAUCACCUCUAGCCCACAGGCUGUCGUCCGAAACGAACGAAUAUUGAUCCUUACGCCUCUGAAGGACGCAGCUCCCUUUCUGAAGAACUACUUCAAGCUCAUCGCCGAGCUCACAUACCCGCACCGCCUGAUCGAUCUUGCCUUUUUGGUAUCCGAUUCGAAAGAUGACACACUUGCCGUACUUGCUUCCGAGUUGGACCACCUACAAAAACGAAAGGACGAGGUUCCAUUCAACAGCAUCACUAUUGUCGAGAAGAACUUCCAUUUCCACCUCAGCCAGGAUGCGAAGCAGAGACACGGGUUUGAAGUGCAAGCGCCGCGUCGCAAAGCCAUGGCCAAAGCGAGAAACUACCUGCUAGCCACAGCUCUGAAGCCAGAGCAUUCGUGGGUGUACUGGCGUGAUGUUGAUAUUGAAGAGGCACCUAGACGAAUUUUGGAGGACUUUAUUGCCCAUGACAGAGAUAUUCUUGUACCUAACAUCUGGUUCCAUAGAUUCGAGAAGGGUGUCGACAUUGAGGGUCGAUUUGACUACAACUCAUGGAUAGAGUCAGAUAAGGGUCGAAAGCUCGCCAAUAGCCUGCCGAAAGACACAAUCAUUGUGGAGGGCUACAAGGAGUUUGACACAGGACGUGAAUACAUGUGUAGGAUGGGCGAUUGGCGCGAGAACAAGGAUGUUGAGCUUAAGCUUGAUGGUAUUGGCGGCGUUAACAUUCUUGUCAAGGCAGACGUGCAUCGAUCAGGCAUCAACUUCCCAGCUUACGCUUUUGAGAACCAGGCAGAGACAGAAGGCUUUGCCAAAAUGGCCAAACGAGCUGGUUACCAGGUCAUUGGUCUUCCCAACUACGUUGUCUGGCACUACGAUACACAGGAAAAGGGCGGCAACCUAUGA